GUGAUUGUUAAAAUUAAAUUGACAUUAUCGAUUGAACAUUACUACAAUUAUUUAAUAUUUUUCAAUGAUUGUUCAUCUUCUUUUUUAAAUUUCCCCUCUUUCUUUUCGAGUGUCGAUUCAAGAGUGUGUUGCGAGAGGACGCAUUAUUCGUUGGAGCACGGUCGUUCUGCCGAUAUUUUUAGUACGACAGUAUUUGGCGCGACAUACGCUUUGCCCUGUUCUUCAUCGUCAUCAAUGUUCACCUAGUCUUCGACUACAUGUAUGUGUAAGAUAUUAGUAAGACAUUUAGUCAUCUGUGCGUGGUUCAUAAAAAUCUUUCUGACUUAUGUAUUUUUCUAUCAGAUUCAAUUAUUUGAAAAAUAAUGCAGCCCUUAAGCUAAGUGCUUAUGAUGAACAUAAAGAAAUGAAAACACCUGCUGUAUACAAAGAAUAAGUGCUCCAAUUUUUAGUGUAUCAAUAAGUCUUCAUUAAUGUUUGUUUUUGCAACACGCGACAAUAUGUCGUCAAAUCGUCAAGGAGUUACAACAACACGACGAAAUAGAUAUGCUAGAUCAUCAACAACUCAUAGUGUAACUCAAUUAUUAAGUGAUUCAUGCUCAAAUCUUUUGCAACGUCUAACAACCAGAGUUAGACUUCCUUCUAUGAAUAAUGAAAAACCUAUCAGAACUUCACCGAUUAUCAGUCGGAGUAACUUUGCAGCAACAAGAAAUCGUCUUGAGGAUAAAUACGCUUCAAUUCUUGAGAGGUAUACAAAAAAACGUGACGAAGAGUCUUUAAAUAAUUAUAAAAAGCGUCAAGAAGCUCAUUUAUCUUUAAGCAACAAAAAUAGUCCGUUUAAUAGAGAAGAAAAAACACUAGAGCCUUCGUUACCUCGUUCCAUUGUUAAAAGUGCUACAACUAGUUUUUUAUUAAGCGAAAAAGCAUAUCCAUAUGUAAGUACUUCAAGGAGAGAAAAAACUCCAGGACGUAAAGACAGCAAAGGUUCCACUACUAAUUCAGAAAAUUAUAGAAGAUAUGGAAGACAUAAAUCAGGACAGAAUGAAGUAAAAAGUCGUAAAGUUAGACCUAAUCGUAGUGGAAAAAGCGAACAAAUUGAUACUUCAAGAUUAAAAAAGCAAACAUCUCAAGAAUUAACAAGUAAUAAUAAUGAACUUGAUAAAACGUUGCCACAAAAAACAGUUGAUAUUGAAGAAGAUCCUAUUGUUACUGAAAGAGCAACUAAACGAAAAGAAAUUCAAACACUUAUUGAAAAGUAUUCAACUAUCGAAGAAGCUUAUGGAAAUUCUGGUGCUAAUGUUGAUGUUAAACCAUCUGCUGCUGAAAUAAUUGCUUACAAGUACCAGAAGAAUGCAGGAAAAAUAAAUUUCUCUAAAGCGGGAUCCAAAGCAAUUGAUUCAAACGCGAUUAGCCCACGACCGCCUUCCGUUGAGGACGAUGAAGACGGCCACCUUGUUUACCAUUCUGGCGACGUCCUGGCAAAUAGAUAUAAAGUACUGGCCACCCUGGGGGAAGGUACUUUUGGAAAAGUUGUCAAGGUUAAGGAUUUACAAAUGGAUCACGUAAUGGCUUUGAAAAUUAUAAAAAAUGUUGAAAAAUAUAGAGAAGCUGCUAAACUUGAAAUUAUUGCGUUGGAGAAAAUUGAUUCAGAAGAUCCAGAUGGUCAACACUUAUGUGUGAAGAUGCUGGAUUGGUUUAAUUACCAUGGACACAUGUGUAUUGCAUUCGAGAUGCUUGGACUGAGUGUAUUUGAUUUCUUGAGAGACAAUAAUUAUCAACCAUACCCCUUGGAUCAUGUAAGACACAUUGGAUAUCAGCUAUGUUAUGCAGUAAACUUCUUACAUGAUAAUCAAUUAACACACACAGAUCUUAAGCCAGAAAAUAUUCUCUUUGUUGAUUCAGAUUUUGAAGUUACAUACAACACGAAAAAGAGAAGAGAUGUACGUCGUGUAAAAAGGACGGAUAUUCGACUCAUAGAUUUUGGUAGUGCGACCUUCGACCACGAGCAUCACAGUACAAUCGUCAGUACAAGACAUUACAGAGCACCUGAAGUUAUUCUUGAACUUGGAUGGUCACAGCCGUGCGAUGUAUGGUCGAUUGGAUGCAUCCUAUUUGAAUUAUAUUUGGGCAUUACACUGUUUCAAACUCAUGAUAAUCGUGAGCACCUAGCAAUGAUGGAACGUAUUUUAGGCCCAAUUCCACAUCGUAUGGCUAGGAAAACUAAAACUAAAUACUUUUAUUAUGGAAAAUUCGAAUGGGAUGAAAAAAGUACCGCUGGCAGAUAUGUCAGGGAUAAUUGCAAGCCAUUACAUCGCUAUAUGUUAUCAGAAGAAGAAGAGCACAGACAAUUAUUUGAUUUAAUUCAGCGAAUGUUAGAAUAUGAACCAUCGUAUCGAAUUACUUUGAAAGAUGCCCUACAGCAUCCGUUUUUCGAUGCAUUGCCGGCUUCGCAACGACUAACAGACGCGAAAGCCGGCAGUGAUGCUCAACAGACACAUGAACGAUCACAUUCGCUCUCACGAUGAAACUAGGAUUGGGACAAAAGUCGUAGCUGUUUAGACACAUCUUUUACGACAUUUUGGAUACAACUUAUUUUGUUUUUAUACAUUGAAAUUUUUGGAAAGGUUCUGUUAAGACAAGUUGAUUACUUGAAUACGCUGAUAAUAAACAAUGAACACAAAUGAUGUGCCUGAACAGCAUGGGAUUGUAUAUAAAGUGUUUACUCUAAAAUAAGAAAAACAUGAAAUAUCAGUAAACAUUUUAUAAUACCUUUGUACGUUUUGUCCCAUAAUUAUUUUAUCAUGAGUAAUAUUAUGGCGGUUAUGCGUUUUAAAAUCGAGGAGAAAAAAAUGAAAA